UUCACUUCGAUACGCUAUGACUUCAAUGCUGGAACAGCCGCUAAAACGCUUUUUGUAUUAUUCAACAUCUAGUUUCUCGGGUCAAACUUCGAGCUCAUUCUCGUCGCGUCCACUUAAGGUUAAGACUGAGUCCGAUGCCGGCAAUUCAUCAUCUGGGUCGAUCCGUUCAGGACGUAGCCAUGUCAGUGCCAGCAUUCCGACUUACUCUGGUAGUAGCGCAAACCAGAGUUUCCACGCGAACAACAGUCAGGGAUCGGUCUAUAGCCACCACGGAUCGUCCUCGAGCAGCCAUUUGGAUGUGUCGAAUGGAAGCAAGUAUGGAUCGCACUAUACCAGUCUCUAUGCGAACCCUACGUCCUCCUCGUCAGCACACACGAUCUCGGCUGCCUCGAGGAGACUGACUGUUGGAGGUGGAGGUGACAUGUCUGGUUCCGGCUCCGGCUCGUUCUAUGGUGGAUCGCCGUCGUCGUCGAGAAAGAAUACAACGAGUAUGUACGUAACAGGUUCGAAUACGAUUGGAGUUUCUUCUGGCGCAGAAUAUUUGCGCCAGGCGAAUGCCAGUUCGAACACACGAAGCAACCGAGCUUAAUCAGGAAGAGGAAGGGUUGAUGAUAUGUAUUUUUGAAGAAGGGUGCGCAAGAUGUAUUGUAAUAAAACGGAGGUGUGUAAGAUGUCAAGACGGGCUUUCAUAGUCCCGAUCAUGCUUUGUAUAAAUGCUUUCAAUUUCGCAUGCGAUCAUGUUUAAGAUGGUUGGUUUUCUGUAUCAUGAGCGUUCUUGCUGGCACAACUGUCCUUCCUUGAUCUUGUUCAGUGUUGGCAGCUUUGGGAGAAAAAGUGAGAUCAAAAGGUGACAUUCCAAGACGGGAUCGUCGGCUUUAAAACGCAAACGUUUUUUUUUUUUUUUUUUUUUU